GCACCGCACUACGCUCCAGAGCAUCAACCACUAGAAGGGCUGAAGAGCGGUGGAAUCCGAUGCUCGCCAAAUGGGAAAGUCGAUUGAAAACCUUGAGGGCGUCUCCGACGCCGGCGCCGGAGCCGGCUGUGGCCACCGUCUCGUCUGCCCUUUCCCCAUCAUCACCCUCAGAUGCGUCCUCGUCUUGAUUCUCAGCGUUUGUGUGCUCCUCUCCGCCCUCUUCUGGCUCCCCCCAUUCCGUUCCUCCCGGUCGUCGUUCCACCCUUCCGACGAUGCUCUUGCUGCCGAUAUCCAAGCUACCUUCAUGCUUGCAAAACCAUUCUCUCAGCUUGUCCCACAUGUGCAAAAGCUUGAGUAUGAUAUAUUUGAGGAAAUUGGAGUACCAGAGUCUAAGGUUUCGGUAAUUUCAUUGCAUCCUUCGACUCCGACAAAUGUUACUGGUGUAGUGUUUGGUGUGCUGCCUUACUCCAAAUAUGUCUCGAUCAGUUCACCAUUCCUGAGUCUGCUGAAAUCAUCAUUUGUAGAGCUGGCCCUACAACAAGUGAAUCUAUCAUUAUCACCUGCACUCUUUGGGCAUUCAUCUGCUUUUGAAGUUUUGAAGUUUCCUGGAGGGAUUUCAAUUACUCCUGGGCAACCAGUUUCUCUUUGGAAAAUGCCACAAAUACUCUUCAACUUCACAUUAAGCAACUCUAUUUCUCAAAUUAGCAAGAAUUUUGAUCAGUUGAAGAUCCAGUUGAAGUUUGGUUUGCAACUACGAUAUUAUGAGAAUGUCUAUUUGGAGCUCACAAAUACGAAAGGUUCAACAGUAAGGUCUCCAGUAACUGUCCAAGCUUCAGUUUUAUCUGAUAUUGGAAGUCGUAUACUUUUACCAGAUAGGUUGAAGGAACUAGCUGCAAUCAUCAUUGGGCCUGAUGCCAAAAAUCUUGGCCUAGAUCAUGCUAUUUUUGGUAAAGUAAAAUGUGUCCAACUAUCAUCUUACCUAAAAGACUCAAUCUCCUCUAUAGGGUCUCCUAGUCCGUCUCCUUCUCCAUCUCCAUCUCCUAGCUCAUCCCCAUCUCUUUCUCCAUCUCCUGCCUCUUCACCAUCCCCAUCCCCAUCUCCACCCCCAUCAGAAGCUCCUGCCUCUUCACCAGCCCCUUGUCUGAUACCCAUAUGCUGCACUCCAUCGACAAGUCCGUAUCCAGCCACUCCUGAACUUGGAUCUUCACCUCAAUCUUCUAGCCCAGAUACUACUCGUAGAAAAGGGUCACAUAUCCAUCCCUCACUUCCUCCUAAAGCUUCUCCUAGGCAUCAUGUUGAUCCACCUGCGUCUGGCAAUUCACCAAGUCCUGUUCCUCUAAAAGCUGGAACAUGGGGAUCAACUCCCAAGAUGUCCCCUUCAUUGACACCAUUUCCAUCUCCAUCAAGACAUGGCUCCCAGCCUCGGUCAGUACAAGGAAACAGGGAAGCUUCAAUUGCUCCAGCAUUUGUGUUUCUAGAGAUCUCCCGAUCCUUGCCAUCGCACAAAAAGGAAAGUAUCUAUUUCAAUGUGGAAGAUUUCGUUGAAUCUUAUUUGAAGAUGCAUGAUCAUCCUCGGUUUGGCAAGACUUACUCGGGAAGGAAAAGGCCUGACUUACAGCAGGAUAGAGAAUCUGUCUCCACCAAUUAAGGAUAUUGUUAUAUUUUCCUUUAUCCUCGCAAGUCACAUGCCUACAUAUGGCAUAUGCUAUUAUUGGGAUUUGUUGCAUUUCAUCUGAUACAUAGGCGCUGACGAUUGGACAAACAUUCCUUCAAAUUUUGGCACCGGGAUAUGAAUCUUGAUAGACAUGGCGGAUUAUGAUCUUCGUAACAUCUUAAAACAUCUUAGUUCUGGUAAGGAAUUACGUUAUUGUUAAGGAAAGGUCCCUGCAAUUGGUGGUAUCUGGUGGUUUAAAGGGGGUCUGAGGCUUUUCUUUUGUCCUUCUCUUUAUAAAAAUGUAUAUAUUUGGAUCUUACGAGCUGAGAUUUUAGAAACCACAAAGGUGGCUUGCCUCUGUAUAUCAAGUACUCCCCCAAAGGGUUGGAGCACUUCUUAGUUCAGUUUAACAUGUAAACAAACAAACAAACAUACCAAACUCUUUGCUCUUUCUUUUGAAAAAUAGAAAUCAGGAAUUAAUGAA